AUAUGUUAUUUCAAAUAAUGUAAACUUAACAUUUAUAUUUUUUCUUCAUUUAUUAUUAUUUUUGAGAUUGACGAAAUGACAAAAUAAUUAUAAGCCGGCACAAUCUCACAGAAGUGAGAGAGGUAAAGUUGGUAUUUCUCGCAUUUUAGUACCGAACACAAUAGAUUCAAUUCUCAAUCUUUUCAGUUACAGAUUCAAUUCUGAAACUUACCAACCAGCUAUGAGGUUUUCAAUUAUUGGGUACUAUGUACGAAUCCGAGUUACAGUCUCAAGCAUGGCAUUGGCUGGUGCAUUGUUUUUGGCAUCAGCAUAUCAUUUCGAAACACCACUUCACUCAAAAAUGAGAGUGAGAGUAUGUGAUUUGUGGUUACCCCAAACAAAAGUGUGUGUGGAAUGAAGAAAGACACUGUGCAACUUUUCUUCCUUCCAUUCACAAUCAUACAUACCACACCUUAAAAUCAGAGGUAAUCCCUUUUUCCAAAUCUUAAAUGUUAUUAUCAUUGUUUUUCAAUUACAAAUCAUAUGAUAGGUUUUUAAAUCUUAAAUGUUAAGACUUAAGACUAAGGUUUUUAUAUAGUGAUGGCAUGAAACCCCUAUAUACCCUCUUUUUUUUGUUGUGACUUCUUAUCUUGAUUCUUAACAUUUUGUGGCUGAAAUUUUCUGUCAUAUUUUGGUCCAAGUGGCUAUUGACUUGUAAUAAUAAAUAAUAAUAAUUACAUAAUAACCCCGGGUUGACCUGGUGCCUGGUGGUUUAGACUUGACUUCAGAGUGUGCUCCUCUUUACGUCUCAAAUUCGAAUUCUCCCAGUGACAAUUUUUGUGUUGGGUCGGUCCAUACAGAAUUGUUUGCCCGAAUUAGUCAAAUUUUACAAUUUUUUGCAAAAUUUGUAGAAUAAAUAAAAUGAAUUCUAUCUUUUCAGUCAAAUUUUCUCCGUAUGAUUAAACUCAUAACUACUUGUUUUCCCGAAUUAGUCAAAUUUUCUCCUGUAGAAGUAAUCACAUAUUAUUGAGAUGACUUUGACUUGUAAAUACUCACAUAAAGCAAGCAAGACUUGCUAUUCAAAGAGAGUUUUGCCUCAUCGUUUUAGUUGGUUUUUCGUUAUGCAAUUUCAUAUUCAAUUAUCACUUUGACUUAAUUUUCAUAAAUUCCAUCCAUGUCUUCCUUCACUUCCUCCUCAAAAAGGCGCGAAAAACUUAAAUCCACAGCUAGUAGUACUACUACUACUAAUCCAAAGAGAAAGAGGUACAAUGUGUACUUGAGUUUCUGCGAUGAAGAUGCAACUUAUUUUGCUACGGAGAUCUAUUGGGCUCUUAGUAUAAAAGCUCGAUUCAAUGUUUUCUGGGACGAUGAAAAGCUUGGAAGUGGAAAUCGAGAAAUACCAACCUCAGUGCUGAAUGUUAUAGGAGAUUGCAAAGUUGCUGUCAUCGUGUUUUCAAGAAAUUAUGUUAAUUCAAGAUCGUGUAUUCAAGAAUUUGAGAAAAUAACCGAAUGUUGCCUAACCACCGGUGGUCUUAUUGUUCUGCCUGUGCUCUAUGAUGGUCUCAAUAACUAUUCCGCAAUCGGAACAAGUGGAGAGGCUUUUCAUGAUUUUGUGCAUAGAAUCUGGAUAAAGGAAAACGAAUCCUCCUCCAAAGAGGAAGAUAAGUUCAUGAGUUGGGUGGCAGCAAUCACUAAAGCUACCACAUAUUCAGGACUGAUUGAUUUCGCAGACAGUUAUGGAAGGGAAUAUAUUAAGGAUGUAGUUGAAAGUGUUACUCGUGCGGUAAAAAAGAAAAGAGACUUGUUGGGUGUUUUCUAUACAGUGAGUGUAAAAUCCAGUGUGCAAGAUGUGAUUCAACUAUUGAAACAAUCAAGAUCUCCUCUCCUACUAGGGAUAUGGGGGAUGGCAGGAAUUGGUAAAUCAACCAUUGCUGAAGCCAUUUAUAAUCGGAUUGGUCCCUAUUUUGAGCACAAGUACUUGCUCGAUAAUGUCAGAGAAUUUUGGAAAAGAGAUGGAGGUCCAGUUUCUUUACAAAAGAAACUUCUUUCUUACAGGGGCAUACCAACUGAAAUGCAAAUAGGUACAAUUGAAUCAGGAAAAGUUAUUUUAAAAGAAAGACUUCAACAUAAAAGAGUACUUCUUGUACUUGACAAUGUUGAUAAAUUGGAGCAGCUAAAGUCUCUGUGUGGAAGUUGGGAUUGGUUUGGUCCAGGUAGCAAAAUAAUCAUCACGACUAGAGAUAGGCAUCUACUCAAGGAGCAUGGAGUUGACCAUAUAUAUACAGUGAAAGAAUUGGAAGAACGGGAAUCGAUUGAGCUUUUUAAUCAGUGUGCAUUCAGCCAAGCAACAACUCCUCAAGAAGGUUUUGGCGAACUUUCUAGACAAUUAGUUACUUAUUCUAGGGGAUUGCCUUUUGCUCUUAAAGCCCUUGGGGGGUUUUUACAUGGAAAGGAAGUACUUGAGUGGAAAAGUGUGUGGAGCAGUCUUGAAAGAUUUUCAUUUCCAGAUCAAGAAGUACUACAAGCUCUAGAAACGAGUUUUGAUGAUUUGAGUGAUGAAGAGAAACAAAUAUUCCUUGAUAUAGCAUGUUUCUUUAACGGGAUGGACAAAAAUGACGUACUCCAUACAUUAAAUAGGUCAACACAAUGCACAGAUCUUCAAAUAAGUCUCCUUGAAGACAAGAGCCUUUUAGCCAUUGAUGAGAAUAACAAGCUUCAAAUGCAUGUUCUACUACAAGCCAUGGCAAAAUAUAUCAUUAAGAUGGAAUCAAGUAAUAAGACUGAUCAGCCAAAGAUGUACGAUGUGUUCUUGAGUUUUAGAGGGGAAGACAGUCGUGUAAAGUUCAUGUCACAUCUCUACUCCUCUCUUCAAAAUGCGGGUAUUCAUGCUUUCAGAGACGACAAUGAGAUUCAACGAGGAGAUCAGAUCUCAAUCUCACUGUUGCGAGCAAUUGGACAAUCUAGAAUUUCUAUCAUUAUUUUGUCUACAAAUUAUGCUAAUUCCCGAUGGUGUAUGCUAGAGUUGGUGAAGAUAAUGGAAAUUGGUAGAACCAGGGGCAUGGUUGUUAUGCCUGUGUUCUAUGAUGUAAAUCCCUCAGAAGUACGUCAUCAGGACGGUCAGUUUGGAAAGGCUUUUAAAGAUCUUAUCUCAAAAAUUUCAGUGGAUGAAUCCACCAAGAGUCACUGGAGAAGAGAUCUUAUUGAUAUUGGUGGCACAGCAGGGUUUGUACUCGUAGAUUCCAGGAAUGAAAGUGCAGAUAUCAAGAAUAUUGUUGAACAUGUCAUCCGUUUGCUAGAUAGGACCGAUUUAUUUGUUGCUGAACAUCCAGUGGGUGUAGAAUCUCGUGUGGAAGCUGCGACUAAGCUACUAAACAUCCAAGAAUCAGAUGUUUUACUUCUAGGGAUAUGGGGAAUGGGUGGUAUGGGUAAAACAACAAUUGCCAAAUCGAUUUAUAAUCAAAUUGGGAGCAAAUUUGAGGGAAGGAGCUUCAUUCUGAAUAUAAGGGAAUUUUGGGAGACAAAUAAUAAUCUAGCUUCUCUACAGCAACAAGUACUUUGUGAUGUUUACAAAACAGCAACAUUCAAGAUACGUGACAUAGAAUCAGGGAAAAAUAUAUUCAAGGAAAGACUUGCCCAGAAUAGGGUACUUGUUGUACUUGAUGAUGUGAAUGAAUUGGACCAAGUAAAGGCUCUGUGUGGAAGCCGCGAAUGGUUUGGUCCGGGGAGUAGAAUAAUCAUCACCACAAGAGAUAUGCAUCUUCUUAGAUCGUGUAGUGUUGAUCAAGUGUAUAAAAUAGAAGAAAUGGGCGAAAGUGAAUCUCUUGAGCUUUUCAGUUGGCAUGCAUUCAAGCAACCAAGUCCGACAAAAGCUUAUGCUGCACAUUCAGCAGACAUGAUUGCUUAUUCUGGGAGAUUGCCACUAGCACUUCAAGUCCUUGGGUCCUAUUUGUCUGACUGUGAAAUAACAGAGUGGCAUAAAGUUUUGUACAAACUCAAAUGUAUUCCCCAUGAUGAAGUACAUAAGAAGCUAAAAGUAAGCUUUGAUGGUUUAAAAGAUGUUACAGAGAAACAAAUAUUCCUUGAUAUAGCCUGUUUCUUUAUCGGGAUGGACAAAAAUGAUGUAAUACAAAUAUUAAAUGGGUGUGGGUUUUUUCCUGAUAUUGGAAUUAAAGUCCUUAUAGAGCGGACGCUUGUAACUGUUGACCAUAGGAACAAGCUUAGAAUGCAUGAAUUGUUGAGAGACAUGGGAAGACAAAUAGUUUAUGAGGAAUCACCGUUUGAUCCUGAGAAGCGCAGUAGGUUGUGGCGGCGUGAGGAAGUGUUUGAUAUAUUAUCAAAGUAUAAGGGAACAGAAGCUGUCAAGGGACUGGCUUUGGAGUUUCCAAGAGAAAAUACUGUUUGUCUGAAUACCAAAGCAUUUAAGAAGAUGAAUAAACUUAGAUUGCUUCAACUUUCCGGGGUGCAGCUUCAUGGAGAUUUUAAAUAUCUUUCCAAGGAUCUUAGAUGGCUGUACUGGCAUGGAUUUCCAUCAACUUACACUCCUACAGAGUUUCAGCAAGGAAGUCUAGUUUCCAUCGAAUUAAAAUAUAGUAAUCUCAAACAACUAUGGAAGAAGAGCCAGAUACUAGAGAAUCUAAAAAUUCUUAAUCUUAGUCAUUCUCGGGAUUUGUCUGAAACCCCAGACUUUUCAUUCUUGCCUAAUCUUGAAAAGCUAGUUCUCAAAGACUGUCCAAGUUUGUCUGCAGUCUCCCAUAGCAUUGGAUCUCUCCAUAAACUUCUUCUAAUAAACUUGACAGACUGCACAGGGCUUCAGAAACUUCCGAAAAGCAUCUAUAAAUUAAAAUCUCUAGAAUCUUUGAUUCUUUCAGGAUGUUCCAUGAUUGACAAAUUGGAGGAGGACUUGGAACAGAUGGAAUCCUUGAAAACCUUGAUUGCGGAUAAGACUGCUAUAACAAAAGUGCCCUUUUCAAUAGUAAGAUUAAGAAACAUUGGAUAUAUUUCUAUAUGUGGCUUUGAAGGAUUUUCACGUGAUGUAUUUCCUUCUCUCAUUCGGUCUUGGUUGUCUCCAUCAAGUAAUGUGAUAUCCCUAGUUCAAACAUCUACAUCUAUGUCAUCUCUUGGUACUUUCAAGGACCUUCUUAAGCUUCGAAGUCUUUGUGUGGAGUGUGGCUCAAAACUACAACUUACUCAAGAUGUUGCAAGAAUUUUGGAUGCAUUAAAAGCCACAAUUUUUCAUAAAUAUGAAGCAAAUGCAAGUGCAAAUGCAUCACAAAUCUCUGAUAUGUAUGCUUCUCCUUUAAUUGAUGAUUGCCUCGGUCAAGUUCCCAUUUCAGGGUCAAAUAAUUACUUGAAAUCUCUCUUAUUUCAAAUGGGAACGAAAUGCCAAGUCUCUAAUAGUAUGGAAGACGGUAUUUUUCAGACUGCAGAUGCAUCUUGGGAUUCAUUUGUGCUCCCCUGUGACAAUAAUUUUGAUUGGUUAACCUUUCGUUGCAAAGGUUGUUGCAUAAUGUUUGAUCUCCCAACAAUGAAGGGGCGUAACCUAAAGAGUAUGAUGUUGUUCGUCACCUAUUACUCUUCCCCGGACAACAUCAUAUUAGAAGGUUGCCAAGGUGUGUUGAUCAUAAAUUACACAAAGGCAACCGUUCAGGUCUAUAAAAUAGAUACGCUAACCUCCUUUGAAGAUGAGGAUUGGCAGAGCAUAACAUCAAACCUAGAACCUAGUAACAAAGUGGAGGUUAUGGUUGUUUUUGGGGAAGGAUUCACUGUAGUUCAGACAACAGUAUCUCUCUUAUAUGAUGUACCGAUCGACAAAGAAAUGGAACACUGCAAUGCAGUAUACAGGGAGGAUGUUAUUGUUUCUAGUGACGACGACAACAAUGUUAAUGAUUAUAUUAAUGCGCCGGUGGAUAACAAUGUUAUUAGACCUGGGGAAGAUGAAAAUGUAGGUGAAGAUAAGCACUCACAUGCAGUGGAUAAGAAUUCUUUUGUUUCUCGUGAUGAUGUCAUGGCACCAAAUAUGGAUUAUGCUGUCCCUGGUGGCGGUGAUAUGCCAGCAGAUAAAGUUGUUUCCAUUUCUAAUGAAAAUGUGAGUGAUAGUAAGAACGGCGAUGCUAAUGCUUCUUGUAAAGCAAACAAGAAUGUUUCUAGUGGAGAUAAAAAUAGAAUUUGUCGACUCUUCAUCAAGCUUCCUUCCCUUGUUCGUGCUGCUUUGAUUUCACGGCCUUUCUGGUUCGGUCUGGUUUCCAUUCUGGUUUGGAUCACUUGCUGUGAUUCUAAGAAGCGAAGUAGUCGAAACCUCUGCACAAGAUAUAUACAAAGGGGUAAAUGGCUAGUGGAUUGCGCGCAAAAGUUUAUUACAUACAAGAAGGCCAACAAAGACCACAUUCUCAGCCAUUUGCAGAGUUAAGCUUAAGAUGGCAAAGAUUCUCCGGAGGAAAUUCAACCAUAACCAUCUUAAAUUUACAAUCCAACUGUUGAAGGAUGUCUUCUUCCAUUGUCUUUGUCUUCUCCUUCAUUGUCUAUUUCAGGUUCAGAUAUGCAUGACGUAGAGGGGAUGCUCUUAAAUUCUAAUGAUCAACAAGUUCAACACACAGACAAUGUACGGUGGCUGAACAGAGUAAUCAUGUUUUAGAGGUUGAGGAACUUCAAGAGGACGAGGUUGUUCACCGAGUACUCAUGUGUCAUAGGAUGAGGAACUUCAAAAGGAGGAGGUCCAUCUUCAAUUCCAUGGCUUCUGUAUCAUCAAGCUUGAAGUGUGCAUAAUCAAUAACAGAUAACAUGAGAUCAGAUGCAUCGAAGCAGAGUAAGUGCCAUAUGAAGAAGUGCUUUGCGAAGUACCUUGAGAAAGGUAAAAGGAUUAUAAAACUUCAUAACUUGAUGGUAGAAACGGAGCAAGUUAUAAAUGACCAGAAUCAUAGAAAUCAAAUACUGGAAAACAAUCUUGGAUUCUUAUUGUAAGUUUUACAAAGGUUAAUUUUUUCCUUAAUUAAUUUGCAUUUUAUUAGUCCUAAAUAUGAUUGGUAAAAAACGUUUUUAUAUAUGUUGUUUAAUACUGUUACAAUAUGACAUCAUUAGGUUUCUUAAUGUGGAUUUCAAGGUUGCCGACUUGAGACUUCCAUGAAGCUAUUGUCGAUCCACCAUAUGUUGCCUGUGCAGUAAGGCCAGAUCCUAGAGUGUGUGAAUAUGUAAGAGUGAGCUCUGAGACCCUUUCAGCAUGAACCUGUAACAUCAACUGAUUACCUCAAACUUAGGAUAGACAUAUCCUCAGGACCCUCGAGAAGGACUCAACGUACAAGUAAGUGAUGAAUCCUCUGCUACAAGUACAGGGACCUCCUCUUCUUGAAAUUCAAAACUUCAGACAUGAGUACUUGGUUCAGCUGUCACUCAUUGUCUAUGUGUUGAAGUUGUCGAUCAUUAACGCCCUUUAGAAACGCCUCCUCGGUAGUUUGGUAACGCAUCUACAUCUACAUAAAUGGUAAAAUUACAAAGUUAAAAUA